AUUUUUCGCACAUUAAUGAAUAAUUUUGUUGAAAAUGAGUGUGACUCUACAUACUGACGUCGGAGACAUAAAAAUAGAAUUAUUUUGUGAGUUAUGUCCGAAAACAUGUGAGAAUUUUCUUGCUUUGUGUGCUAGUGAUUAUUAUGACAAUUGCCUAUUUCAUAGAAAUAUAAAAGGCUUUAUUGUGCAAACUGGAGAUCCUACACAUACUGGAAAAGGUGGAACAUCAAUAUGGAAUCGUAAAUUUGAAGAUGAAUUUAAAGAAGAAUUAAAACAUAAUGCAAGAGGACUUGUUUCUAUGGCCAAUAAUGGUCCAAACACAAAUGGAAGUCAAUUUUUUAUGACAUAUGGGCCUCAAUUGCACUUAGAUUUAAAAUAUACUUUAUUUGGAAAGAUAAUAGAUGGUCUAGAAACCCUUGAACAGCUAGAAAAAUUACCAGUAAAUCCUAAGAAUUAUAGACCACUUACAGAGACUAGAAUAAACAGUAUAACUAUACAUGCUAAUCCUUUAGCAGGGUAAACAUGAAUACGUUAAAGGAAUUAAAACACUUUAGUUCUUUAAAAUGUUGUGAAGGUUGAUAAUUGUA